GCGGGGCCUGGGACGCUAGGGAAAAGCAGGAGAAGGGAAGAAAGAGCACGGGAGCGGGCUCAGGGUCAAGAGGGACAUUGGGCUCCAGCUACUACGGCUCGCUAGGCCCGGGACAGAUGUAAAAUUGUUUUUCAAAAGGUGAUUCAGACUAUGGGUAUGUCCACAUCCACUCCUGCUGUUGCAGUGCAGGUCUCCACUGCUUCACAGCAUGAAGCAGGUUCUCCACCUUCAGGAUGCCCAAUGCACCAAAAAAAAGAAAAAGGUUGUCCGUUAAAUAUAAAUUCAUCUGACAAAACUUGUGAAAGUCAAUCUAAUUCAGUACCUGCACAUCAAGAUCGAGCAUAUGAAUAUGUGGAAUGUCCUGUAUCAUCAGCUGCCUAUCAAAAUAAGGAUAAUAUAGACCCUUCAAACAUGAUGCCGCCGCCUAAUCAGACUCCAGCACCUGGUCAGCCAUUUGCAUUGUCAACUGUUAGGGAAGAAUCAUCAAUUCCUAGGGCAGAUUCAGAUAAAAAGUGGGUUUACCCUUCUGAACAGAUGUUUUGGAAUGCCAUGUUAAGAAAAGGAUGGAAGUGGAAAGAUGAUGACAUUAGUCAGAAAGAUAUGUAUAAUAUUAUUAAGAUUCACAAUCAGAAUAAUGAACAGGCUUGGAAGGAGAUUUUGAAGUGGGAAGCUCUUCAUGCCACUGAGUGUCCAUGUGGGCCAACACUGAUCCGAUUUGGAGGUAAAGCUAAGGACUAUUCACCAAGAGCCAGAAUUCGCUCGUGGAUGGGAUAUGAAUUACCUUUUGACAGACAUGACUGGAUUAUUAAUCGUUGUGGAACAGAAGUUAGAUAUGUUAUUGAUUAUUAUGAUGGUGGAGAAGUAAAUAAGGACUAUCAGUUUACCAUCUUGGAUGUCCGUCCUGCUUUUGAUUCUCUUACAGCUGUUUGGGACAGAAUGAAAGUGGCAUGGUGGCGCUGGACUUCAUAACCAUUGUUUCAUUUUAUUUCAAAAAAAAAAACUUAUUUCCUUUAAAAAGACACAUUAAACUAUUUUCUCAAUUUAA